CCCAGCCCAUUCCAAUGCGAAGGGGAGACGUCAUGUUCCUGCCUCCGGCUGCUCACAGAACAACUAUACCUCUUCCAUUCCACGGAACGCAACCACCUUGCCAUACCGUUCGAUCAAGUUCUAUCAAUGGCUUCGACGUUCAUCGGCUGUGCUGACGGCAUUCUACACUGUGUGCUGUGUCAACUUGACAGUACAGUAUUGCGACUACUCAUGACGGCGCUCCAGAAAAUUUUCAGCUGGGUUUAUAUGGGUUACAGCAAGCAGCCGGAGGCCCCCCAGCUGCCCCCCGUCCACUUUGGCGAUUGGAGAGUGUCGGAGCAGGAUGGGGAAAUGGUGAAGCUGCUUCUUACAAAGCACGUUCUAUCCCUCUGUCGCUCUGUGGUUCGCAACCUACAGCUCCGGGUGGAUGAGAUGCAUCUACUUGCCAAAGUCCAAACGAGGUUUCAUUGUAUGGACACUGCAAGCAUGAGCGUUUUAGCAGAACGACUGGCUAGCUCACUGUCGGAUGUUACACAGCUAGUUCGGCAUUACGGCAAAGAGAAAUAUGUGAUCCCUGACUCGCCAUCAUCUCAACAAAGCCCUGAAAGAAGUGCAACUGUCGCGGAGUCGGGUUAGGCGCGGAGGGUUGCUGCGUGACGAGAAAAUGUACUCCCUCGAGGAAUCUUCUUGACAUCUGUCGCGUAAGAUGGCGAGCGGAUAGCUGAACCUUACUAUAUCAUUUAGCGAGCGUGGCGUCGACCAGGGUGGUAUGUUCUGACUCAAACUUUAGCAGUGGUACAUUCCUCGCGCGUUAAUGGUUCAAGUCCUCAGCCUAGCCAAGAAAUCACCUUCCGGAUCAAAU